GUGUUCGGCGCGAAUCGGAGCCUGUCGGCGGCGCAGCUCCGGCGCCUGCUGGAGCAGCUGGGAGCCGCCCCCCGCCAGGGCGCCCUGGAGCCCGGCCAGCUGCACUUUAACCAGUGUUUAUCUGCUGAAGAGAUCUUUUCCCUUCAUGGCUUUUCAAAUGUUACCCAUAUAACCAGCUCCAACUUCUCUGUCAUCUGUCCCGCUGUCUUACAGCAAUUGAACUUUCACCCUUGUGACGACUGGCCCAAGCACAAAACGAAACCAAGUCUUUCAGAAGUUUGGGGAUACGGAUUCCUGUCAGUGACAAUUAUCAAUCUGGCAUCUCUCCUUGGAUUGAUUUUGACUCCAUUGAUAAAGAAAUCUUAUUUCCCAAAGAUUUUGACCUAUUUUGUGGGGCUGGCUAUUGGGACUCUUUUUUCAAAUGCAAUUUUCCAGCUUAUUCCAGAGGCAUUUGGAUUUAAUCCAAAAAUUGACAACUAUGUGGAGAAGGCAGUUGCUGUGUUUGGUGGAUUUUACCUACUUUUCUUUUUUGAAAGAAUGCUUAAGAUGCUGUUAAAGACAUAUGGUCAGAAUGAUCACACCCACUUUGGAAAUGAUGAAUUUGGUCCGCAAGAAAAAGCUCAUCAACCUAAAACAUUACCUGCCAUCAAUGGUGUGACAUGCUAUGCAAACCCUGCUGUCACAGAGCCUAAUGGACACAUUCAUUUUGACAAUGUCAGUGUAGUAUCUCUACAGGAUGGAAAAAAGGAGUCAAGUUCAUGUACCUGUUUGAAGGGACCCAAACUGUCAGAAAUAGGCACAAUUGCCUGGAUGAUAACACUCAGUGAUGCCCUCCACAAUUUCAUCGAUGGUCUAGCUAUUGGAGCUUCCUGCACCUUGUCUCUUCUUCAGGGACUCAGCACUUCUAUAGCCAUCUUGUGUGAGGAGUUUCCUCAUGAGUUAGGGGACUUUGUGAUCCUACUCAAUGCAGGGAUGAGCACUCGCCAAGCCUUGUUAUUCAACUUCCUUUCUGCCUGUUCCUGCUAUGUUGGGUUGGCUUUUGGCAUUUUGGUGGGCAACAAUUUUGCUCCAAAUAUUAUAUUUGCACUUGCUGGAGGCAUGUUCCUCUAUAUUUCUCUGGCAGAUAUGUUUCCAGAGAUGAAUGAUAUGCUAAGAGAAAAAGUAACUGGAAGAAAAACCGAUUUCACCUUCUUCAUGAUUGAGAAUGCUGGAAUGUUAACUGGAUUCACAGCCAUUCUGCUCAUUACCUUGUAUGCAGGAGAAAUCGAAUUGGAGUAAUAGGAAAUGGAAGAUUAAAAGGCAUUAAAUGGAUAAAAACAUCUCCAAAAAGG